AUGAAGACCCCCAACGUACAGGAGACCGAAGGGCAACAAACCAGAGCAGAUGCAGGACUGGCCACUGGGUCUGCAAACAUGUCAAAGAAAAAAGUCUUCCAAAAGAAGCAGAGGGGUAGACCUUCUUCCCAACCCCUCAGGAACAUUGUGGGAUGCCGAAUUUCACACGGAUGGAAGGAAGGCGAUGAGCCCAUCACCCAGUGGAAGGGAACAGUUCUGGAUCAGGUGCAUAUAAAUCCUUCUCUUUAUCUGGUGAAAUAUGAUGGAAUUGACUGUGUCUAUGGACUGGAACUUCAUAGAGAUGAAAGAGUUUUGUCUCUUAAAAUUCUCUCUGACAGGGUGGCAUCAUCUCAAGUCAGUGAUGCUAACCUUGCAAACACCAUAAUUGGCAAAGCAGUGGAACAUAUGUUUGAGGGUGAGCAUGGUUCUAAGGAUGAAUGGAGGGGGAUGGUUUUAGCCCAAGCACCUAUCAUGAAAGCCUGGUUUUAUAUUACCUAUGAGAAAGAUCCUGUCUUGUACAUGUACCAGCUUUUAGACGAUUAUAAAGAAGGUGAUCUCCGUAUCAUGCCAGAGUCCAAUGAGUCUCCUCCAGCAGAGAGGGAGCCAGGGGGAGCUGUAGAUGGCCUGAUAGGUAAACAUGUGGAAUAUACCAAAGAAGAUGGCUCCAAACGAAUUGGCAUGGUCAUCCACCAAGUGGAAGCCAAACCCUCUGUGUAUUUCAUCAAGUUUGAUGAUGAUUUCCACAUCUAUGUCUAUGAUUUGGUGAAAAAGUCCUAACUGUUAUGGUAACUUUUGCCACAUUUGUGUGCUCUGUAGACAUGCAAAACAUGUUCCUUUUUGGUGUAUUGAAAGCUUAAGGGUCCUUGUGAACCCUACAUCUUAGCUAGAACAACUGUUGUUUUGUUUUCAAAAAUACAAAUGUAUGUGGACAUGACAUGCCUUGUGUAAGGAAUGUGUGUUCUUGAAAAGGUUGAGUGUGUUUUGUGGAGCAGCAGGAAAGGAAGGAACAGCUGUACAUUCCGGCUGUGAAUAAAGUUAAGCUGGUAUCAUAAUCAGUCAUCUAAAAAUGGAAUAGGAUUCAGGUGGCCUGGCCUAGAGAGGCGGAGGGGAAGGAAUUAGAGAUGGGCUGUGAGGGAGAGAGAGGAGGAUAUAAUCGCUUAGGAAGAGAUGGGGAGAUGCCAGAAAUGGAGAGGCUCCCUGGAGAAAAGGGAAAACUAGUGAGGGGGAGAUAUCCAGCUGAGAAGGUGGUGGAGAAUGACAGGGAGAGAGUGAGAUCUUAGAGUUUAGAGGAAAACAGACAAUAGACUGAGUAGAGAGGGUCACAAAGAAGUAUGGAAGGGGUCCAGAGCAAGGGGGUGAGAGAUCAAGCUGGCAGGAAUCUGGGGGAGAUAAUAAAGGAUGCACAAAGAGAGGAUCUGUACAUGCAUGGGAAGCCAGAGUGGAAGAAACACUGAAGAAGAAAUGUUAGGAAGAAAGACUAACAGAGGGAGUGAGAACACAGGAAAAGGGGUGUGGGGAGUGGGGGUGCAGGAUGUACGGGAAAGGCCUGGAAGAAGCUGGAAUUCUGGCAGCACCCACAUUGCCCUUCCUGGCUCUGUGAAAAAAGAAAGGGACAAUUGUCAAAGAAGCCAGCUCAACUGGAGGUUCCCUAGGAGGGUAUUUGACUGGAUGACUCAGGCCAGUUAAGCGGGAACCAAAUUCAUACCAGAAGGCUUUUCUUAUUUCAGGGAGUCCAUGGCACACCCUCUUGCUGCAUGUUGCCUCCAGCUGAGCAGAACCUCAGCCCUCAGCUAAACACACUAACCGUGGUAGCCCAUAACUGCUGGGCUAUGGGGCACCUCCUCACUUUUCCUGGACCACCCUGGUGCAGGAAAUAUUUGGCCUGAAAGUCUUGGUUCAUUUUCCCUUCACUGGAUAAGCAAUACUUGUGGGGAAUGGAAC